CAACCAAGACAUCUCACCAACCCCCACCAUAUAUGUAGAGCUGAUACAAAGUUGGUAAACCUCCCCAUUCCAUUUCUACAUCAGCAAACACCUUCCCUGGUUCAACACAUUGCUCUGAAAACAAUGGCUGCUACCCUCCCCACAACGGCCAACUUCUGGGGCGACUUACCGGAAGACGAGUACUACGCGUCCCAAGGCGUGAAGAACUCGAAAUCCUACUUUGAAACUCCCAACGGCAAGAUCUUCACACAGUCCUUCUUGCCGAUCAAAAACAGUGACACUGGGAUUAAAGGAAGUGUUUUCAUGACACACGGGUACGCGUCUGAUUCAGGCUGGAUGUUUCAGAAGAUCUGCAUUAAUUACGCUACAUGGGGUUAUGCUGUCUUCGCAGCUGAUUUAUUAGGCCAUGGACGCUCAGAAGGGCUGCAUGGCUAUCUAGGUGAUGUUGACAAGGUUGCUGCAUCGUCACUUUCAUUUUUUGUUAGUGUUCGAAAGAGUGAAGAGUACAAGGACUUGCCGGCUUUUCUGUUUGGCGAGUCGAUGGGAGGUAUGAUCAGUAUGGUGAUGUAUUUCCAGUCGGAGGCUGAGAUGUGGACGGGGUUCAUUCUUUCUGCACCGUUGAUUGUUAUUCCUCAGCCGAUGAUACCGUCCAAGGUGCAUCUGUUUGCAUACGGACUGCUAUUUGGUCUGGCGGACACUUGGGCAGCAAUGCCGGACAAUAAGAUGGUGGGCAAGGCCGUUAGAGACCUGGACAAGUUAAAGAUCAUAGCUGGGAAUCCGAGACGGUACUCUGGUCGGCCAAGGAUAGGAACAAUGAGGGAAGUUGUAAGAGUUACCAACUACAUUCAGAACAACUUUGAUAAGGUGACAGUGCCGUUCUUGACAUGCCACGGGACCUCAGACGGGGUUACUUGUCCGACAGGGUCGGAGAUGUUAUACGAGAAAGCAUCAAGCGCUGAUAAAACACUCAAAUUGUACGAAGGAAUGUACCACUCGUUGAUACAGGGGGAGCCUGAUGAGAGUGCGAAUCUGGUGUUGGCUGAUAUGAGGGCCUGGAUUGAUGAAAGAGUCCAGAGGUAUGGUCCCAAGUGUGACACUUGAGUUCAGUUGCAUUAUGUAUUUCAAAUCCCCCAAGAAUUUAUUCUUGCGGGUGAUGUAUUGCUUAAAUCUCUUCUUUUAUUUAUGGAGAUGUCGAAAACUGAUUAUCAGACUCUCA